CGUUUCGCUUCAACCAGCUCCAACUGUUGCCGCUCUCUUCCACCCUACAAUACCUCCACAAUGGCAGUCAAGAACAAGUACUCGGUACUCCUACCGACCUUCAAUGAGCGCAAAAACCUCCCAAUCAUCAUCUGGCUGCUCAACAAGACCUUCACUGAGCAAAACCUCGACUGGGAAGUCAUAAUCGUCGACGACGGCUCCCCCGACGGAACCCAAGACGUCGCCAAACAACUCAUCUCCGCCUACAACACCAAAUCCUCGCAACACAUCAUCCUCAAAACCCGCACAGGCAAACUCGGCCUCGGAACAGCCUACGUCCACGGCCUACAAUUCGCAACCGGAAACUUCGUCAUCAUCAUGGACGCAGAUUUCUCUCACCACCCUAAAUUCCUCCCAUCCAUGAUCGCAACACAAAAAGAAGGUGAUUGGGAUAUCGUCACCGGCACACGCUAUGCGGGGAACGGAGGCGUGUAUGGUUGGGAUUUGAAAAGGAAAAUGGUUUCGAGAGGGGCGAAUUUAUUCGCGGAUACGGUUUUGAGGCCUGGAGUUAGUGAUUUGACGGGGAGUUUUCGGUUGUAUAAGAAGGCGGUUUUGCAGGAGGUGAUGAAUCGGACGGAGUCGAAGGGUUAUACUUUUCAGAUGGAGAUGAUGGUGAGGGCGAAGGGGAUGGGGUUCAGAGUUACGGAGUGUCCUAUUAGUUUUGUGGAUCGUGUUUAUGGUGAGAGUAAGUUGGGUGGGGAGGAGAUUGUGGAGUAUUUGAAGGGGGUGUUGAGUUUGUGGGUGAAGGUUUAGAGGAGGUCUGGUGAGGCUGAUGGGAUGAGAUGUUGUCACUUUGAAGCGAUGGCGUUUGGGGAGGGAGGAUAAGCACGAUGCACACCACAAGACGGAGUGCGGAGAGCAAGGCAUGCAUGAAGCCCCAAAAUUGGCAGAUUCGUAUGUAUCAUAUUAUAUUUCAUGUUCCACGAUCGAUUUGCGAGCCUCACUGCUCGGCUCGUGACAUCAGAGACAGUGCUAGUGCGAAGGAAUUGAAGAACUUGAUGUAAGAUGCGAGAG